AUGGAUUGCUGGAGUGUUGUUGAUGGAACCUUCGACCUGAACGAUCCCGUGCAGGCACAGAGUUUUGCAGCGAAGGAUAAUGUCGCUCGUGAAGCUAUUUUGUCUGGUGUGCCCGCGCAGGACGCUGAGAUGAUAUGCCAAGAAGACACGGCGCAGGCGAUGUGGAACCGCUUCGUUGAUAAGCAGACGAAGCGAGAGUACUCCAAUUACAUUUUCGCUCGUGCUGAGUUCUACUUUAAUGUGUAUACAUCGGAGAAGAGCAUGGAUCAGUGGUUGCGCGAGAUGGAGUCGAUGCGUCGACAGCUUCGACACUAUGGCAAGUGCGUGACUGAUGAUGACUAUGCGGAGACGCUUUUGGGUCACGUCGCGCGUACCCAUCACGACGUAGUGCGGCAAUUUUCGAAGCAUUACGUUGUGCGGUGUGAUGGUGGGGCAGAUCGCCCUGAACCUACUGCUACUCAAGUAAUGAAUGCGCUACGCGCUGAAUCGGUACUGAACGAGAAGAUAGGUGCUGAAGAGCAGAAGCCAGUGGGUGUUGCUGCGUGUGGUAAGAAGUCUACACCGCCGAAACAGAAGCAGGCCAACCAAGGCCGUGCAAAGCGUAAGAGAGCUGGUCGAAAGAAUCAUCAGAAAAAAGGGAAGCAAGGAAGCCGAUCAAGUGCGAAGAAGAGUGAUAAGGAAGGAACUCGGACCUGUUUUCACUGCGGUGAAGUCGGGCACUUGCGACCCAAUUGA